AGAAGCAGGCGAAUCGCGAGACGUAUCGAUUUUAUGAUCGUGUCUCGCGGUUAGUGUGUCCGUUUCCUUAGUUUUUAGUGGCUGUGCAUCCUCCUCUUACAUGGAUAAAAUCGUGAAUGGGAUUAUUUACUAGGUGGAUUUUGCUCUACGCCCAGUGACUCGCGACACGUGAUAAAACAUGACCAAGGAUAGAUUAGCGGCCCUCGUCGCGGCUCAGUCGGACGAUGACGACGUGGCGGACGAGGUGUCCGUCAACGUGGGAGGGCAGGAUGAUUUCAUGACGGAAUUCUUCGCGGAGGUGGAGGAAAUUCGCGAAAUGAUAGACAAGAUCCAGACGAAUGUUGAAGAAGUCAAGAAGAAACACAGCGCCAUCCUGUCGGCGCCGCAGACAGAUGAAAAGGUGAAAAUGGAACUCGAAGAUCUGAUGGCUGAUAUAAAGAAAACUGCCAACAAAGUUCGGGCCAAGUUAAAGGUGAUAGAGCAAAACAUCGAGCAGGAAGAACAUACGAACAAAUCGUCGGCAGACCUAAGGAUACGCAAGACGCAACAUUCGACGUUGUCAAGGAAAUUCGUCGAGGUGAUGACUGAAUACAAUCGUACGCAGACCGAUUAUCGAGAGCGAUGUAAGGGAAGGAUACAACGGCAGCUUGAAAUCACGGGGAGAACGACGACUAAUGAAGAACUUGAAGAAAUGUUGGAACAAGGAAACCCAGCUGUCUUUACGCAGGGGAUCAUAAUGGAAACGCAACAAGCGAAACAGACGCUGGCAGACAUCGAAGCUCGACACGCUGACAUCAUUAAAUUAGAAAACUCCAUCAGGGAACUCCAUGAUAUGUUCAUGGAUAUGGCUAUGUUAGUCGAAAGUCAGGGAGAGAUGAUAGAUCGCAUAGAAUACCACGUGGAACAUGCCGUUGACUACGUUCAGACUGCCACGCAGGACACCAAAAAAGCACUCAAGUAUCAAAGCAAAGCUCGACGGAAGAAGAUCAUGAUUAUGAUCUGCCUCGCUAUCCUCGCGGUCAUCGUGGCAACCACCAUCGGUGGAUACUUUGGGCUGUGAACGACUCUCAGAAAAAGCAUAGUGCGUCUUAAAUGUUUGAGGAGCUGCUGCGUGGAUUGUGUUGUAGUCCAAACAAGAGCGACCGUACAUUUCGGCGAAGCGUGCAUAUCAGUAUCCCAAUACGCCACCGAGACUGCUGAAAUCAUAAUUAAUACUAAUUUCAUUUCAUUGCUUAUCAUUUUCUCAAACACCCGGUCAUCACAAUGUUAUAGAGGGGUAGUAUUAGCCUAGUGGUUGUUGAGUUUUGUUGAUGAUAUUUUGUAUUGAACGCAGCUUGCAAUAUUCGGUGGGUCAGCAUUUGAGUAUAUUAUAAGUAAUAGCGAAUUAGUUUAUAGGGCACACUUCGUACUAUAAAACAAUGACGAUGAGGCAUCGUUACAGCCGGUACUGUUUAUACAUCGGCCAAUCUGAUUAACGGCUAGAAAAACAUGCCUAAGAGAAAAAAUUCCGGGUCGUUAUUUAACAAUGAUGUUUCAGAUUUCAAUUUUUCUUCGUAAUGUAACAGUAUACCUCUGUUGAUUCAAAUUUAUUUCUGCAAUCAUCUAUACUAUUUUAUUCUCUAUACAAUGCAAAGAACUUGAAUCAAUUAUUAACAUCCUUUCCCUCUGACUUUAAACGUCCGAUGAUUAUUUUUAUUAUUAUUGUUAUUAGCUAUUGUUAUUACAGAUAAAUUUCCUGCAAAUCCCGAGGAAUGAUUGAAUCUGAAAUAUGUAUACGCGCCGUUGUUUUAUCGUGCUGGUCACCAUAAAUUAAACCUUUUGCUGCAGCAAUAAUAUUAUAAUAUUAGGUGUUAUAAAUAAUAUUAUUAUUAAAGAAAAGAAAAGAAAAAAGAAAAAAAAAAAAUUCAAAUGAAUGAAUAAAUAUAAUAAUAAUAAUAAUAAUAAUCGUAUUAACGAGGGAAUACAGAGAACUUUUGUGUAUUAACUAUGAUAUUCAUGUAUUAGUUUCUUCAAAAGUUACUGAUAUAUGUGAUAUCUUACGUAUAUGAUAUAGUUACACAGUGAUCAUUGAAAAUCGCAGUGAAAUAGAAUAUCUAUUUACCGACGAUGAUCAUAAUGAUGAUGAUGAUAAUAACCAAUUUAAACAAAUAAAGUGUCAUGUUACGUUCUGUUGAGGAUAUUAUAUAAACUUUGAGGCGUAAUACACUCAAAAAGAGAGAAGAAGGAAAGAAAAAAUAAUGAUUAAUAAUUAAUAAUUAAUGAUUAAUGAUUAAUAAUUAGUAAUAAUAAUUAAUAAUUAAAAAUGAUUAUGGGUUAUUGUUUAAAAUUAUAUAAUAAUUACAACUAUGAAAUGAUGAAAAAUAUACGUUAUAAAUAAUUCAAUACAAUAUUAUAUAUCAAGCUCACCUUGCAUUGUACAGAAAGUGUAAUUGUUAGUCUAGGUAGCUAUGUUAUUACCUAUUAUACAUAUACAUGUCUAUAUAUAUAUAUAUAUAUAUGUAUGUAUAUACAUAUAUAUACGUAUAUAUAUAUAUAUGUGUGUGUGUGUAUGUAUACUUAUAUUCUAUCAUAUGUAUUAAAUUAAAGUUGAACCACUAUCUAUCAUUACUGUUAGAUCAGUCAUCACAUGAACAUAACAUGUACGGACAGUUCAAUACUCCCGGCCGUAUAAUUCAAAUGUUACGUCAUGCGAAAUUGAUAAAGAGAAAAUCUGAAAGUUAAAUGUGCCGGUAACGUAAUAUAUCUAUACAAUGGAUAAUUUUUGGUUAAUUGAGUUCAAUUUUUCUGUUUUCUACUUAGAACACGUGAUCAGGUUCGAAGCACGUAAGCUUCGUGUAUACUAGUCAUUUUUCUAUAUGAUUGUUUCGUAGGUUCCUUGUAAUAUUUACACAUUUCUUAUCCCUCUAAAAUUAUUGUAAUAGUAAAAUUUUCAAUUGCACCAGAGGCAUAUUAAAAUUUCUAUACUAACAAAGAAGCAAUUCGUUAAAUAUAUUCUUCGGUGUUCACUAUGAUAUAUUAUGAUAUGAUAUGAUGUAUAACAACCCAUAAGUACAAGUAUCUUAUUAGCUCUUGAAGGUAAGAAUAUGCAGUUGCUAGGUCCUAAGAAUAAAAUAAAUAUGGAAAGAGCACCGUGAUCAGGUCGAUUGAUACGUUGAAAGGGGAAAAAGUAUGGGACGAACCGACAAAGUUUAAUAAAAUAGAAAGUUCAAUCUUUUUCUUCAGUUUUCCGACAGGUUUAUAAGUUGUUUUCACACACGUUGAUCUUACGGCAGCAGAAUUCUCUCAAGGCAGCUUGAGCGAACUCCUUCGUAAUCGAUUGUGAGAUGACAAAGCUCUUUUCCCAUUGAUUAUUUCUUCUGUCAACGUAAUUCCGAAAUUUUCAAAUUCCCGGUGAGUUAUCAUAUAUUUUGUGAAAUCUAAUUAAUGCAUUAUACCUGCCGAUUCAAAGUGACAAAAUAUUCAAUCUACGGUUAUUGAGAUAAAUUUUCGAAUGUGAUGAGAUCUUACAGGUUAAUGCUAAAUUUAAAGUUUCAAACUUUGUAAAUUUUGAAUGUAAUUAUAUUGUAUUAUUAUUCAAUUAAUAAUAUUUAUUAGAAUUCAACGAUCAUGUUUAGGUAGCGGGCACCAAUGGGUAUAAUAACUCACUUUUAUCGAAACUUACCGCAAGAGAAUACGUCAUUCUGGUUUGUCAGUGAUACCUAUUUCAAGUGCAGCUGGACAAAAAUGUAUAUUUUCUCAUUCUUGCUCGCACACAAAUUAAAUACGUACCGCGAUACACCGCGUGAAUUUGAGAUUGUUGAAAACAAAUAUAUUUCAACAAUUAUACGGAAUAGAACAUUGAUGCAUAAAAUAUUUUUGUUGGGAUAGACAGACCCAAAAGUUUUUAAUAAUUUCGGAAGAAACCCAAGAAGUUUUUUCUAUACAUUAGCAACCAAUGGUGCCCUUAUACAUAUUAAAAUACAAAUGAAAGGAAGGAAGAAAGAAAGAAAUAAAGAAAGAAAGAAAGGCGGAAAGAAAAAAUCACAUACUAAAAGUUUAGCCAGAGUCCUCUGACAGCCAGAGCUCGAAUAGACGGUAAAUAUAUUAGCCUUAAUCUCAUAUAUUAUAGUUUAGUGUAGUGAAAAAUUCAUCAUAUAGGAAUUGAGAGAAUACGUUACUUUCUUAUAUCGAUAGAUAAGUUUACGAGUAUAAAUAUACAAUUAUUACGUCUAUUACAUUACAUUAUCGAUGCACAAUCACAAUUGUGUAUCGAUGAAAAGUUUGGCCUAAAUUUGAUUUGUUAAGGUUGAUGGUGCGGUGUGUGAUUGGGUCGUGAAAUUUAUUUAGCGUAUCGCAGAGUUCAGUCGUAGAAUCGGAACUCGAAAAUUUUCGCAAGAUUAAUUCUGCUACCGAACGUUUAUCAAUCUCAAACCCCUCUUUGUGCGCCGCACGCAAUUUUUCAUUUCAAUCUGAUGAAUGUUUCCGAUUAGUAUCUUUUCAUUUAUAGCUAUUGCUCACCUCGUUGUUAUUCACAACUGCAAGAUUCUUAUCGAAUUUCACAUCCUUCCAUUCUGAUGUAAUCGUCUAAACGCAAUGUAUCGGAAUCAUAAAUGUGAAUGUUUCUAUGACUUCAUUGCCCCAACAAUACUCCGUGAAUAGAACAGGAACAAAAUGACACAGCGCUAUGUAUAGUCUCCAACUGACAGGUGAUUUGUCUUCCUUGAUCUCAUACUUCAGAAUGCGUUAUAGACGGAUAAGUAUAUCAAAUUUUUUUUCUUUUUUUUCUACAAAACCCAAUCGCUUUCAUCGGAUUGUCGUAAACCGAAAAGUGUUUGCAAAUGGAAAUUAAUGCUUAACAAUGCCAAGCUGGUAACGAAUAAACACAAGAAAAUACAAAAGAAAAUGUAGGUGCAGUCAACCUCUGCACCUCACAUUAUAUUUUAUUGCAUCAUAGUGCAUUAUGCACUGAUACAUACGUAUUGUUAUGUAUCGAUAUAGUGCCGAUGCAAUACGACCUGCAGUCUCUAUUUUAGAAGUGUUUUUUUUUCUUCUCGGCUACACUCAUAGCUACAUAAGACAGACGGCUAUACAUAUAAUUAUUGUAAUUGUAAAUUAAAGUCGACGUAUCCUGAUGAGGCCGUCGUGUUUAUAACAAUAAGUAAUCCUACAGUGGUCAAGUCAAAAAUGUAAAAAGUGGAUCAUUUAUAUAUAUAUAUAUAUAUAAAUAUAUACAUAUAUAUAUACACAUAUAUGUUUUAUUGCAUCCGCACUAUUAUUCUUGCUAUAAAAAGGCUACUUCAAUAACCUUAUAUGCGUGUCAAUUCCACUUUCAACUAAAACGUAAUUUUUGAAAACGUUAAACAAUGAAAAUAAAAUUUUUAAUUAAAUUUAAAAGUUAAUGAAAAAAAAAGGUUGCAUAAUACUUUGGUGUUGAUGCGACAAAGUGAGAUUAUUGAUUAAUUAAAAUUUAAAGGGAAAACUAAAUUGUAGCAUGAAAUUAAAUAAAAAAAAAAACGAAAAAAAAAAAAAAAGAAUAUGAAAAACUUUUUAUCGUAGAUAUUUCAUAGAUGAAUGAUUAUCAGAUGAAAAAUAAUGAUAAAAGAAAAUAACAGACAAUUUAGAAAAUGAAAAAGAGCAAGGAAAAUUUCUCAAAUAAAAAAUACUGUAUUAGAAAUUACUUCUUAAUAAUAAAUCAAUGGUGUUUUCAGCCUAAUAUAUAUAUUAUACAUGUACAUGUAUAUAUAUACAUAUUAUGUCUCGCACCUUCCGGGAGCGAGUAUAUUAUAUAAAAUUUUUCUCAUAUAAAUCUUUCUUUUCAAUGUUAUAAAUAUAUAUAAUAUACACUGUACAAAGACGGCAAUAAUCUUAAAACACUUCCAUAAUCAUUACUUACUUAGGCGAUUGAUUAUGCGCAUUCAAAGUAACAAUUCUGGGAAAUGUCACCCCGUAUGACGUCGGCAGAUAUUACACUUCAUAUGUAGUCCUCAUACGUUUAAUACAUGUCAAGUAUAUUAUAUGUAUAUCUCUACCCGAUACCUCGCGUGCAUUACGCAGUCACCGUGUAACACCUCGAAUGCUAUAAUAUGUGCAUAAUUGAUAGAUUGAAAUUACUAGAAACAAUUAGGGAAAUGUUCGUACAAGAACACCAGGUCAAAGGUGAUGAUUAUGGUAGCUGGUAUGUGAUCAAUUGAAUGUGCCCCUUCAUCCUGUAUCCAGCACAAAUUAAAAACCCUGUAUGGAUAGUGGUAGGCCUCAAUUGCCCUGAAACAGGUCGACUGUACUGUAGCUAAUGAGAUAAAGAGCACAUUAUAGGUAUUGAGUUUUUCCUAUGGAAAUGAUAAAAUGGCCAUCCGUACCUCGCGUAGUUUUCGCAGUCGAAAACGAAAGCGAGCGGCCCACAUCUGUUUCACCCCGUCGAUCGUCUCAAAUUGCUGCACGUUUCGUUGGAACAUAAUUUGUCAAUUCCAUAGAAAAAUAUUCAAUAAAUUAGACAUCGAAAGACAGAAAAUAUAAAUUUGAAACUCCCAAAAUACUAUACAUACACGAAAUAAAGAGAUUGUAGAAGUCAUUGUAAAAUUAUAUUCUUUUACGUUUCGACUCACUCUUUGCUAGUCACCGUACUAUAUAAUAUCUGCUAAAUAUUUUCCUCUAUAUACUCGUCAUAGAUAGAGAAGAACUUACAAUUUGAAAGUCUCAUUUGAUUUUAUAUAAGUAUUGGAAAGUAAUUAUACAACCGCAUUAUGGGCGACGUGUGAAGGUUUCGGUGCCAGAGUGGCCUCGUCCACAUUGUCGAUAAGCAUAAUUUUGAAUUAGCUUAGGAUAGUUGAAAUGAGCCUUAUCGGCAAUGUGGGUUAGGCUACUCUGCUACUGAACCCUUCACAUCUAGACCGCGUUGCAUUUACUCGAUACGAAGUAUGAUCUAGCCAAGGGAAUUACAAGGGUGCAGUACAGACUAUAUAUACUAUAUUAAUACGGCAGGAUGCUGAACGAUAAUAGUCGAAGCAACGUUGAAUCACAUCAAAGGCGAAAAAAUGUACGACAAAUCCAAAGAAACUCAUAUACGGCGCCUCUGUCUCCUGUCAUGACAUCCCAGAUAUUUCAUUCGGUAUCGAGGCUUCUGCAAUGUCUCGUAAUUAUUGUUUAUUAUAACUUGACGCAAAGCUUCAUCGGGAUUCUUUCGGCAAAUGAUUUCAUUUCUGUUUGCAAAAUAAAAAACACAACCGCUGCACGAACAAACUGGGCAAGAAUGAAUAAAAUUACGUAUGUCAUUGAAGAAAUUAAAAAUUUAUCCAUACGUGUAUUAUUUCACAGACUUAUUACGAGUACGAUUCUGAAACGGAGCGACCAUGCAGGAGACGAGGUGCCCCUCACUCUGGCGUUGUGACUUGUAGCACAUAAGCCCCACAUUGCGUACUUUAUCUAAUUCUUCUUCUUUUUGCGUACUCGGUAUGUAUUUACGUAUGUAUGUAUGUAUAUGUACAAAUGCAUACGCGUGUACUCGCGGCAAUUGAAAACUUAAAGAAAGGAAAGAAAAGCCAAUGAAAUCAAAAUUAAAUAUUUGUAAUCAAUUAGGAAGGGGUAUUUUUUACUUCAGAAAUUGUAAAUUCAACGUAGGUAUAUAUAUAUAUGUGUGUGUGUGUGUAUCUACUGCGAAUAUUUACGAUAAAUUGUUUCGAAUUUGAAUAUUGCUUUUGAAUUGUAACAAAAAUCGUAAUAUAUUUGAAAAGAUUUUUGGGUAUUCGGAGGAAGAUGACGAAAAGUUCACUGUGCUCUGCUGUAACACAUAUAGUCUUCAUAUAGUAUGCUAAUAUUAAUAUGGUUAUUACUAACUGUAUAUACAACAAUCACAACAGGCUAAUAAACUAUAUGCAAAUCA